AUGGACAACAAUAUUACUUCGACAAUUCCUAAUAAUAUCGCUACUAAACCUCUUUCGAAAGAUAAUGAAGUUAAAUCUGCCAAUAAGAGUCCAAUUUCUCCUUCAUCAACCGAGUCAAAGUUUGAUUUUAUUUCCGAUCUUAAGUCUAAUCUUACUGCCGCUUCUAUUGCCAAACCUAAUUCGAUUAUUAAUACCAAACUUGAUCAAGUUGCAUAUUCCAAUUCUAUUUCACCUACUAAUAUAAUGAUGUCUACAGAAAAAGACACUAUUUCUCACGAUAAAGAUUCAAUCCAUUCUUCAUCCUCAUCUUCUUCUUCUUCAGUAAUUGAUAAAGAACCUACUUCGAUGGAACCAAAUAAGAUUGCUUCUUCCAUUGAACUAACCACAGAUUCUGAAACAACAAACAGACCUGAUACAAUUACAACUUCUGCUUCCAAACGUUCAAUUGAAAUGGAGAAAAUUGGAAUGUUAUGUGUUUCUCCCGGUUUACAAUUAAAUAAGAUGAAUAAUAAAAUGUUAUCGACUUUAAAAUUAUCAGAAUCUAUCGAAAAAAAUCAAAAAUUAACAAUCUCAAGAUUAUCUCCAACCACUACUACUGGUAUGAUUAUUCCUUCUAAUUCAAGUCUUAAUUCAACUCCUACAAAUACCUCCAAUAAUAGUAGUUCUACAACAUCUCCUGAUACUGACAAACUUUCUACUAAAAACAAUAAUAAUGGUAAAAAGAGGAAAAAUUCAAUGGAUUAUUUGUCAAAUCAUGAAGGUGUUUAUUUGAUUAACAAAUCCUCUGUACCAACUUCAACUGCUGCAACACCAGUUACUGUAACAUCAAUUAACUCAUCAUCUUCAUCCACAUCUACUGCAUCAUCUUCAUCUUCUUCAUUUAAAAGAUCUUUAAAGAGGAAAAAAAUCCCAUCUCCUUUGAAUUUAAAUAAUAAUUCAAAUAUGCAUCCUUUCCACAUGAAUAAUAAUCCAACUACAAUGCCUAAUCCCAUGGAUUAUCCUAGAAGUGCGCCUCCUAACACAACAAUACAUAAUAUUAAUCCAAAUUUAAACAAAAUUAAUUUGAAGAAACCUCGAGUACAAUAUAUGGGGCGUGAAGAGCAUCGUCAAAUGAUGAACAUUCCUAGAUUCCCAUCUCAACAAUAUAAUAAUCCUUAUUCACCACGUAAUAUUAAUUAUAGAAUGAAACCACCAUAUCCUUAUUCUUUUCAAUCUUCAUAUUCUGACUUUAUACCUGUACAAACUGGAUCCCCAUCUGUUUGCUAUAAUAAUAAUCAAAUGAUGCAACAACAAUUGCAACAACAACAACAACAACAACAACAACAGUCGCAUAAUAUGUAUAUGCAACUAUCAUACCCAAAUAUGUAUUAUAAUCAACUACCUACUGCUUUGGCAGCUAAUAAUUAUUCAAAAACAGCAAUGACCCCAUUUACAACCAAUUAUCAUCCUCAUACUCCGCAGUCCUUUUAUCAUAAUAGAUAUCCAGCAUUCAAACAACAUAAAAAUACUGUCAUCUCGCAAGUUCAAAAUUCAAAAUCGCAAUCAGUAAGUAAUAAAUACAAUGGCAAUAUCAAAAAUACCAAUGAUGGUAGUAGAAAUAAUAGUAGUAACACUACUAGUAGUAACACUAAUAAUAGUAGUAAUAAUGAUGAUAAUGAUGAGGAUGAAGAUCCUCAGUUGGCUUUAGAAGAUGACGAUAUGGGAAAAGAUGAUGAAACUUCAUAUAAUAAUUCUACCACUCAAAAACAAACAUUAAAGAAAAAUUAUUUGCAAACAAGUAGUACUGAAAAUUCAAGUUCAAAUACGUAUAAUCGUGAUAAUAAUCUUGAAAUUACUGCAAAUAAUUUAAAUUUUGGUGAAAUUCAUAUAAAUGGUGAUAUAUUUAGCUUCCAAUUUUUAAAAAAUUCAGCGUCUAAUAAUACUAAAAAACCAUCGUCUAACAAGAAUAAUACUGGCAAUGUUGGAUUGAAAAAUAAUGCUUUAGAUAAGAAAAUGUUUAUGAGCAUAUGUGAUAAAAUUUGGGAUGAGUCAUUGGUAUUAAACAAAAAGAGAUAG